AUGAGAGCCUCACUUCUUUUGCUAUGCAUUGCUGUGGCGGUGGCGCUGUCUCAUGGACGAUAUCAUUCUGAUCGCAGAGGUUAUGGCGGACCUCUACCGUCAUACCUGAGAUAUGUCGACGAUGAUGCUCGUGCAGAAUAUGCGUCAAUCCUGUCUGAUGAUGAGAAAACCAUUGCGAAGCAAAAGAAGGAAAUCAUAGAUUGGGCGGAAAAACAUGAUGUUAUGGAAGAUUUCGACAAGUUCUAUGCUGAUAUGAGCAGAACAAUGGAGGAAAUUGAUCACAAUGUUAUGGAGCUGAUCGAAGAUUUGCCAUCGGCUUAUGAGCAAUAUAAGCGAAAUAAUGGACAAUGA